UGUUUGUUCAAACUCGUCCAGCGACAAACCACGCAGGUUUCUAUUUUAUUUCUGAAAAAAGAAACAAUUAAAAUACCACACAAGAGAGCAGACAACGAUAAAAGAAACAGUUCGUGUGCGGGUUCACUGUUUCUUUAGUAAUACUGUAGCUGUAGUCGGUCAGUGGGUGGAACCGGCUUCAACAAGGUUUCGUUCGCCAACCACCCAAAACAUCAGCGAUUUGAAGCUUACCCUAUAUUUGGGAUAAUUAACGCCCAAAAAGCGUAUCUCAACCUUUUUUUGAAUGAAAGAAGUGUUUGAGAGUAAAAUUGAGUCAAUUGGAGGAAAGACUCUUGGCUUUGUGGGCAAGAAUUUAAACUCCUUAGAAGGAAUGCAAAAGAACGAAGUACAGAAUGAAGUUCCGGAAAAAGGGUCCAAAAAGCAUGUUCAGGCUUAUGCGAAAUUAGAAUUCGACAACUUUUCCUUCUUUGUACAGUCAUUACAGGUCACAAUUGGAAGAAAAGCCAAAUCUUCGAGUCAUUGUGACCUGUAUAUAGACGACACGAAGGCUAUUUCCCGUGAACAUGCAAAGAUAUUUUAUAACUUUUCUACACGGCGAUUUGAAUUUGUCAUACUAGGUAAAAAUGGAGCCUUUGUUAACGGCGAGUUUUUUGAAAAAGGUCGGACUGUGCCGCUGACAAACGGCGCUCGAAUACAGAUUGGACGAGUGCCGUUUUCUUUCUUACUGCCACAAGCACCAAGCAAGGUCUCGCCUGUUCAACGUCCCGCAACUCUGUCUAAUGGGGGCGUUGCUGGAACGACCCAAAAUGAAAAAAAGGAACCAGGUCUGCUCCGCCGGUUAGUGGUUCCGCCGUCGAAGGAGCACUUCAACGAGUCAAACCCACUUGCUCAAGCUUCAACAGCAAGUGGUAAUCUGACUCCCCUCUCUAUUGCGCCCGAGCAGCUGCGUCAUAAAGAACCGUCAUCGCAAAACCUUCCGCCUGUAGCUGACGCUAUUAAACAUAGUGAAAUAGCUACAAGUACAGCUCCCGUCUCCUCUAUUCCAUCGACCGCAUCCUCUUCCCUUUCUCCUUCGUUGUCGAAAACCCCUCUCUCCGCAAACCAGAAUUCAAUCACAGCCGUAAAGUUGGAGAAUACCGCGACUACAGUCGCUGCUUCCGGAGCUUCUCAAACAAUAAACACACCUGUACAAUAUAGUAACGGACAUCCGGGUCCUUCUCAGCAAAUUGGCGUAGCUGCACAUAAUGGCGCUAAUGCUGCGCUGUUUCAGUCGCAGUCUACGGCCAUUACAAAACCCAAUCUAUCGUAUGCGAGCCUAAUUGCCCGAACGCUGAUUGCGAACUCAAACCGGAAAAUGACACUAAAUGAUAUAUGCGAAUGGAUUUCUGAUCACUGGUUGUAUUACAAGCUACAGCCGCCGACUUGGCACAAUUCUAUUCGACACAAUUUAUCACUUAACAAAGCAUUUAUCCGAGUUCCAAGACAGCAAAAUGAGCCAGGAAAAGGGUCUUUCUGGAUGUUGGACCCUGCUUGCAUUCCUCAGUUUGAAGGAACGAAUGUUCGACGGACGAAACGGGCAACAACUCCUGCUUCCGUUUCUGCCCCUGUCGCACAUCGGGUUUCUCAUACAGCAGCAGCGGCAGUUAAGCAGGAGGAUGAAGCGCACGCGGCCUCAUCUCUUACUUCGGAAAAGUCAUCAGCAGCCGUUGGAGCGGCGACUCCUUCAGCUCGCAACUCGCCUGUUGCAACAACUUCAACAGCCAGUGCAAGGGUUUCUGCGGCUGCAGCACGUCGUAAUCUCCCUUAUUUGCGGCCGGACAUGCAGCCCAUCAUUCUUCGUGACGGCAAGUUUACGUUGAAUCCAGACUUUUUUAAAAAUGCCAAUGGGGAAAGCCAGAAACCAAAUCCACAGGCUUUGCAUGCCAUAGCGCUGCUGCAGCAGCACAUCACAAAACAGCUUGGGCCUGCUGCUGUAAAUAACCCACAACAUGCAAUUGCCAUCGCGAACGCGUUAGCCAUGACCUUGGCACAGCAGUUACAACAACAGCAACAGCGGCAGCAAUUUGAGCAGCAGCAGCAAUACGCGGCGAGCAAGCGUCGGCGGACAAGUAAAAGUAGUGCCUCAGGUGCCGGGACACCUGAAUCGUCGGCAUCGCCAUCCUUGUCAUCGCUGUUUACUGCACAGGUUCAUGCAGCGACGGCUAAUUCAACAGCAGCUACUUCCUCUGCAGCGGCAGCAACCGUAGCUCACGCACAACAUUACCACGCCCACCCGUCUACCGAUCCCCUGCCGCCAGGCCCGUUUUCAAAUCGAACGCAUGCUGCAGUUCCAUCCUCUUCUGUGGCCACGUCCCGUUUAUCGCCUGAUGCAGCAGCAACAGCUACUGCCUCUUCACCGACACCGGUCCUGACACCAUACGCCCGAGUCCAGCAAGCUGCUGGUACUGGUGCUGCUGCCCCCAUUACCGGUUCUGUUUCUUCCGUUCCUGCCGCCGCUCCCAACAUUUCCGCCUCUGCUGUCUCACCGGUUACUGAUUCAAUGCCAACGUCUCACGAACCUUCUCCUAACACUCAUUCUACGACUCCAGUUUCUUUACCUUCUUAUGUCUCGCCUAAUGCCGCCAGGUCUGCUGCACCUGACACCCGUCCUAAUGCCGAACCGUCCCCCCGCCAGCUCCGUUGAGUUUAACUACGUUCUCCCAAUCAACGACGCUACAUGACUAUUCCAAUUCGCAUGAAUUCAUGCGAUUCCAUCAUGUGCCUUCGCAGAACGCUGUGUGCCUUUUUCGAUACUCGCUAUAUGAAAUGCAUUUUCGAGCCUCGAGUAACGUAUCCCACUAUUGUGUGGGGCCGUGGACUAAUUUAAUGUUGUGGGGAAGCAGUGCGUGG